AUGUCGCGGACACCGUCGCCGUCUUCGUUGUCGGCGUGCGGGCCAUCUUCGUCGACUGUCGCCGUGCCGUCGUCGCCGAGCAGAAGUGCGAAGACGUCGGUGGCAUCCUCGACGCGGAGCGAUUCGGACAACGUCGUUCCCGAGCACAAGCCCUCCUCCACAUUCUCCAUCGGACGGCUUCUGUUCAGAAAUAGCAGCAGCACUAAAAGAGGUUUCAAUCUGAGAAUUUUGUUUAUAUAAUCUUUAGAGGUUCAGAUUCAGUGGACUCGGGAAAAGACGACGAAGCUGUGCGUUCUCCAGCCACGAGCAGGCCAGGAUCCCCGAAUCCUGGAGGAGAAAAGUCCCCGCAGAUGUCGACGUCGAAAAGACUUGCUGGAUUUGCGAGCAGGUAGGAGGAGUUCGUUCUGGAGCACCCGACAGUUGGAACAAAUUCAGAUCGAUCCGAAAGAGUCAAUGGCGUCUCUUCAAGCAUCGGACGUUCUUCGGAUCGCAGCGGAGCAGCAUGAAGAAGAAUCAGCUGUGAGUUUUGAUGUCUUCUUUGAAGGCACAUGGGGCAUGAUGUCUUGUUAUCAGUGACGCACGCCUACAAUCCACCCGAAUCUUCUGCCCCUCUCUCGCUUUCACUUUCUCUUUCUGGUCUCUCUCCAGAAUUCAUUUUUCUUCGGAUUGUUUUCCAAUCCGGGCUCAUUGCUGUCCAAAAAGACACUGGCUUCUGGAUAUUUUUCUGAUUUCCCAGUGUUUUCCGCUCAAAUGACAUCAUUUCUUUCUCCUUUGAUUUUUGCAUCCUUCAGUUGGUUUCUCUUGAACUCUUUCCACAAAUAUCUCAUUUCACUCUCCAGAAGCCUCCGGCUCUUUCCCAUUCUCAGCUCUUCUCGCCUCCCAACUCAAAUCGUUUCCCAUGAGUUUCCGGGCCAGGUCAGCUGGGUUCCCAGCUCACGUUGUCUCGUGUUUUGCCGCCCACCGAUACCAGACACCUUGCUCGUUCCGAAUAAUUCAUCACAUAUCGCCCUCAACUUUUGCCUGUCUCGUGCCAUGCCAUGAAUUCGCCGCUUCUCGAUGGCCUUGCGUGUGCUUCUGUUUUUGCGCCUAAAAUUUUGCAUUGUUCUUCCUCCCCUUCUCCUUCUUCCUUCUCCCGUUUUCCAGUGUGUGCCUCGUAAUAAUAAUGUGGGCUCCGAGGGUCUCAUGCUCACGAAAGAAAGCAAUCCAGAAUCCGUUUGAAUUCCAGCCAACUGCCACGCCUCACAUUACGACAUCCGUCGAUCGACAGCUCGGCGAUGCCAUUGCAGCUCGACGUCGACCAGCCGAAUCCAGCGGUUGAAGGAGUCGGCGACGAGUUCCUGCAGAUCCGACGGAGCACGCAAAGGAGAUGGACCGACUCGGACACUACGGUAGGUUGGGGGGGACUUCUUCUGAUCGGAGACGUAUCAAUCAGAAGGGAAUGUAGUGAUGAAGUGGCACUACUACUACAAUACUUGUACUGACAAAUCAGAAAAGCACGAGAGGGAAACGCCCAUUCGUUCUCGCACAUGUUCCUCAUUUCCGGAGUUCCUCCGCGUUUUCGAAAUCUAAAAAUAGUUUCGUCCGUUUAAUUAUCUGUUUCCACUUCAUAAAUCAUUCAAACUAAUGUUCGCAACUAACCGAAUCAUAGCCGUGCUCGUUCCUUCUUCUUCUUCUUCUUCUUCUUCCCUCUCUAUCUCUUCUUCUUCUUCUUCUUCUUCUUCUUCUGCCAGUUCGUUCGUGUUUACUCCUCUUCCUGCUAUUCAUUUUCUUCGCUUCUACCACCAUUCGGGUCCGUCCUGUUGUGGUGGCUCUGCGGGCACAGAUUAGAUUAGUGCACAGCACAAGCGUAUCUGUAUCUAUUUUUGGUCCCUUCUCGGCUCCUUCUGCGGCCCCCACCAAGGAGGAGCUCUUGUCCUCUUGGCACUGUGUGUUCCAACUCUGAAACAUCGUUUUCUCCAAUCUCCUUCUUCUUCAUCUGAAUCUUCAAAGCUCACGUCAUUUAUUUUCUUCUUUCUUCUUCUCAAGAGAGCCCUCGAAGGCCUCUUCGUUUGUUCCAAAAUCGGCGGAGAAAGCAAAGAGAUUCGAUUCGAAAACUUUCCUUCGCCAUUGGUCCUUCCGAUUCGUUCCCAUAUGAACCCGCAUGACGUGUUCCUCCCCUUCUUCUUCUUCUUCUUCUUCUCACUUUCUUCAUUAUUCAGAUUGCAUCUCUAUUUGUCGCCUCCGAAUGUCUCUUAAAUGCAAAUUACAUCUGGUGACGUGUUCCCCAACGUUGCAUUCAUCGUUUCCCUCACAAGGGACCGUCUGAUGUCUUCUUCAGAAUCAUUCUUCGGUGAUAAUUAUGACAUGAAUGUACUAUUAGUCAAAGUGACGAGAUCAAGAUCACGCGAAUCCUAAGAUCAUGAGAGUUUCUGUCAACAUACCAAAAAGAGAGCUGUCUUUUGAGGGGAAAUUGUAUGUGAGAAAGAGAGAGAGAGAGAGAGAGAGAGAAGGAAAACGAGCGGGUUCUUCUUCUCGUUCUUCCUCUCCAUCUUCAUCUUCUCUGACAAAUAAGGGCUCUCCUCUUUUGCUCCGAGGUCCCUCAAAACUAGUAGCCAUCCGGCUCUCUUUCUCUCUCUCUCUUUCCGGCCGUCCCUCUUCUGCUGACAGACAGACAUUGCCCGGUGUGCUCCGGAGAGCUCCAGCUCAAUUUGCUCAUUUUCAAAUCCCAUUUUGAAUGAAGAGGAAGAGGCAAAAGAAAGAGGAGAAGGCGGAAAAGAGGGCCCGCCGGUGAGAAGGGAGAGCAAAACAUUCUGUAGCGCCAGGAGAGCAGAAGAGUCUCUUUUACUGGUCCCGCGACUAAUGAGUAUGCAUCAUCCAUCCAUCCAUCCAUCCUUCCGUCCGUCCGUCCGUCCGUCCGUCCGUCCGUCUGUCGCACCACUUCUUCCAUCGGUCUAUCCUCAUUUUCACUUCAUUGUCAUCACUUUGGCGGCCCCUUUCGGCUUGUUCCACUUGUUUUUCGGUGAAUUCUGCCGUCUUCGGAAGCAGCCAAUUCGAGUAGAAGCGGCCGAGCACAUCACCUAAUGUGGUUGUCGGUCCCGUCCGGGAGAGGUAACCCGAUACGUGCAUGCUCUCUCGAUGCGAAAAUGCGCGUCGCCGUCGAUUCUGGAGGCAGUGUCCGGAAACAUCCGAGUCACUGCGCCGCCGCUUCCUGUUUCAUAGGUUUAUGGUCAACUUGACACUCGGCUGCCAGCCACAAACUAUUGCUUCUUUCUCCCGCUCUCCGUCCGUGACGUCACGCUCGCUCAUUUUGUAUUGUAGCCGUUGCUCUCGUGUGCCGAUGCCACGUCACAACUGACGUGCACCCUUCGAUUCGUCUUCUUCAGUUCGUACCUGCCCCCGUGCAAUCAUCAUUUGCAUGUAUUCGUUGCAUUCGUGAUCAUCUCAACAUUUCAUUUACAUUUCAGUUUCGCUUCCGUUUCUUUUUUGUCUCCUCCCUUUGAGGCUUCUCGUGGAAAUCCGAGAUGAAUUCUUGACAAGGCGAAGGAGAGAUUAAUAGAAAGAGAAGCGAUGUGAUCACGGGAACUUCCCCACAGUCUGCAUCCAUCCGCCACUUAACAGCAUCGGAACUUCUCCAUGUUCGCCUCUUUCUCUUUUUGAUUGCCAUUUCCUUUUCCCCCGCUCCGUUUCUCUCGGUAUUUCGUCCGUCCACACUCUCUCGCCCUCCCAAAUAUGCCUCGAUUGUGCAUGAUUCCGCAGAUUGCCUCCAUCUCUUCUCCUUCAUAAUCGCGAAUUUCCUUCGUGCCGCCUUCCUCGCCGCGGACAAUGAUUUUUGUUAUUUUCCCACCGUCCGCCCGCCCGUUUUCAGCUCUCACGGCCCGCAUUCAAAUGUGUGGUUUGCGACUCCGAAAGCUCAAAAGAGAGAAGAAGCAGAAGUAGAAGAAGAAGAUGCAAUAUUGUCAGGUUUCUCCUCAAAUUGCCUUCAACUUAUUGUGCAUUUUUCCGUGUUUGACUCCAGUCUUGACUCAUUUCAGCUUUAGAUCAAGAUUUACAAAUUUCCUUUUCCACAUCUUCCCCGUGGAUGUUCACUCAAUCGGCUUACGUUCCCGUCUGAUCCGGAUAAAACCACCGUCGCAUCAGUCCAUCUCUAGACCUCCCGAUUUCCUUACGAAAACCACCUGGAAAUGCGAAAUUGGAAUCUGCUCUCCCUCAUGUUUUGUGGCCGUAGUGCUCCGGCUUCAACUACAUUUCUCAGCUUGACUCCAAUAUUUCUGACUUGAACAAUUCAUUCCGUUUCCAUCGAAAUCGUUCUGAAUCCCCCGAGAAGCAACGGAAGUUUUCCAGAAUAUAAUGCGCUACGACGGCUUGCUCACUCAUCUAAUAGGCCUCUCGGCUCGUUGUCUUCUCAUUAUUUUAUUAAAAAGCCAAUUAAAGUGUGCCCCUUCUCGUCGAACUUUGCCGGUGCGGGGGCCUCUCUCCUUGCCUGGUCAUCAUCACCAUUCCCAUCAUCAUCAUCUAUCCAUCGGGAAGCAGAGUCUAAUCCUUUGAGGGGCGUGGCUGCUGCUCGCGCGUGCUCCCCGUAUCAGCUCCUCCGAAGCCAGAGAGUAUCGGUCGAGAGCCCCUCCCCGUGCUCUGUAGCUCGGUGAUAUCACUGCAGGUGUCUGCUGACUAGUCCCAUUAAUUAUUUGCCGAUUGAGACACCGCGUCUCAGUCGGACAGUCUAUCCACAAUUCAGCACAUGAAGAUGUUUCUUUUCCGCAAAAAGAAGGUACGUCGCGAAUCCACAGUCGUUCCCCGUGCUCAUCUUCUUCUUUGUCUCUCGUUGAAUUCACAACUAUCUCCGAAUCUUUCAGGGCCGUCUUCGCGAUUCGCGUGAUUCGUCGGAUUUCAACGACUCGCAUGACACGCUAGACGUGGCCGGGACGAGCGCGCACGGCGGAGGCGUCGCCGAUUCGUCGCACCACCACCACCACCACAACUAUUCGAUGACGGCGCCGGUUUCUCCGAACGUGCCGUUGUCGGCCAGCAGGUAUGUUCCUCCCCCUCUCAUCGUCCGCCGAAAGGAAGAAGCCCUUCCUGCACGCCGCCUCAAAUCCGCAGUUUCUCUCGUUCGCCCACGCUCAUAUAACGCCCUUCCUGGAGCGAUAAACAAACGGAUAAUUGGCUCCCGCGGGACAGUCUCAGACUGUUUUCCUUCUUCUUUUUCUGGCUCAAAAACAACUGAAAAUGAAAUGAGCCGCCGGUGAAAAUUUUUGAAUCGUGCGGAUUCUUGCGGGGAUAAAUAAGGAUUCCUGGGCUUUUCCAGACUUUUUGACGUACGAGAGAGAAAGCUUAUUUAACGUGAAUAGGGGAAAUUUCCAAACUAGAAAGUAGGAAUUCUCACAGACAUCAGCGCUCCGAAACACAGAGAUCGGGGUCACUCGAGACCACUGAUUGUGUCCCCUGAUGUCUCCGAAUGGGGUCGAAACCACAGAUUCCAGUCCGCUUAGUCAUCUCGUUUGACAGCUGAAAUCCGGCUAUCCAUCAUCGAAACUUUCUGCUCGGGAGCAGCUGCAACCGCGGUCAUCUGACAACCUCAGUCCAAAGUAUCGGUGCGUUAUUUCAGUUCACAUUCUGAAGGAUGGAAGUAUUCUUCGCAAAAGUUACUCUGGAAACUGAAGCCUAAAUACGCGUACUCGCAUGCCAGCUCGACAUCUUCUUCUACAGAUUCUGCGUGGAAGUCAUUGGUAUUCCAAAAUUAAAAUAGCACAAAGCAACUCGAAUAUUUUGCAGGACAGCAUGACGUGGCGGUCCGUGGACGGAGCAGAAGUGGUCCUCCGGGGCGCCCGUCUCGAGAAUCUCUCCGAAAUCGAACGGUCCGCUCUGCAACUGCUUGCUGCCCAACGACUCGGGAAAAUGUUGCCAGGAGUCAGUCUCGGGAAGCCAAAAGGUGGGAGGAGUUCUGAGGUGCAAGUCACCCGUCUCAUUCUAGAUCCAUUGUCAGCUCUUCGUCAAAAACGUCAAAAACUCGUGAAAAGCAACCGAACGCCGACUGUGGCGGACGUGCAAAGACGGGCAUCGGGGACUCCGUGUCCGGAGGAGAAGCGAGUGUUCGGAGUGUCGCUGGCGAUGUGCAUGGUAAACGAGAAGAGGCUGGACCAGGAGAGCCGAUGUAGGUCCCUCGAUGAUUCGACCGUCUGCAUGCUCAAUAAGUAAGUGCUUCUCCAUGUCUCCCAUCUUUCACACUUUUCCUCGUUCAGAUCGAAAGCGAAGCCGACUAAAUCGGAGCCCGAGAUAGUGAGCCACACGACUCCGGACGACCGCAAGUGGCUGUACCCUUCCACUCAGAACCUCUAUCCUUCCUCCGCUUCCAACCCUUCUUCCCCUUCACCGUUUGUUGGCUCCGCUCCUCCCACUUGUUCGAUUCUCCCCUCCACGAAUAAUUUGCUCACCGCCGAGCCCGUGGAGCCUCAGCAAGUUACCGGCCGUUUUCUGAAGAAGCAGCGUCCCGCUUCCGCCUCUUUCUCGUGUUCCCUCGAUGCGAACAUAGAUGACGUGGAUCCACACGCGUUGCAAGUUCCGAAGAUCGUUGAGAACUGUACUCAAUAUCUGAUGACCUACGGACUAACUCAAGUCGGACUGUUCCGAGUAGCGGGCAAUACGAAACGCUGCAGACAGCUGAGAAACGCACUGGAGAAGGUGGGCGGCGGGGCUGUGAUCAAUGAUAAUAUGGUGGAAAACACGACGGCGCAUGACGUGGCAACACUCCUCAAGGAAUACUUCCGAGACCUCCCGCAGAGUCUGCUGCCUGCCGAGCAUUACUCCGCCUACAUUGGAGCAGCGAGUGAGUCUAAAAAAAGCAUGUUGAAAGGAUAAGUGUUUGUGAUUCAGAGUUCAACAUUGAAGAACGGAUCGAGGCAAUCCGCCUACUGUUCGCUCUCCUCGUCUCGCCGAAUCUCGACACUCUUUUCGUACUUCUGAAGUUCCUCCACGAGGUUUCUUGUCAUUCACAAGACCGACAGAGUGCAUCCGGCGAAGUGGUCAGUUGACAUCGCAAGGUGUUCCCAUUUUAACUUAUUUAUUUCAGCUCUACGGUAACAAAAUGGAUGCUCGCAAUCUGGCCACUAUAUUCGCACCUUCCAUCCUUCGAGUCGAUCAUGAUAAACUGCAAGAGACACUGGCAGAGAACGAACUACAAGUGACCAUUGUGGAGACGAUGAUCAGCAAUGUGGAGGAGAUAUUCAAGGUAUUCCGUUUCUUCCUAGACACUUCCAGAACGAAUCUCGUUCCAGAUUCCAAAGGAACUUCAAUGUAAAAUAUACACAAAACUUCGCGAAACAGAGCCAGACCGUCUCGAUCGCAUCCUCAAUCAUCUCUCUAAAAUGGACAGCCACGAAUCGCACCCGGGAGUUCUUCUCUCUCCGUUUCCCGCCACUCUUGAAGAGGACUCUCCACGUCAUCACCGUUAUUCCGAUCAUUCGCACAUCGGAAGACAGAGUCCCUUGGCCAGAGAGCUCACUUCGAACGGAAAGGUGAAGGUCCAGUCGCAACGUAGUGGGUCCUGGCCCUUCUCCCUCACGAAGACGCAGACGAGUCCGAACCGACCGGAUGCGCAGCACUUCUUUCCUGCCGACUCGCAGGACGGAGCCGGUCCGAGCCAAGAACCGACGCUUCCGACGAGCACGAAAUCAGUGGCCACGACUCCGGCGCUGGGCCGGAAGAUAGAGUUCAACUUGCGGACAGCCGAAGACUCCGGUAGAGAUUCGGAGUUUUGCUCGGAUGAAAUCACGUUCGGAACUGUCUCGCAGCCGGAAACUGUCCGUGAAAGGGCGGAUACAACGGCGAGCGCGUCCGGAGUUCCGAGCAGUUCUUCUUCGAAGAAAGCCCCGACAAUGGCCUCACUUCAAGGUAAUUCAGAUCGUUCUCUGCCCAUCCAUCUUUCUCUUUAGGCGCCACCACCUCCAAAUCAGUGGACGCCCGUUCUCCGUCGCGCGAACGAGUUGACAUCCGAAGCGCCGCCCGUUCGUCGGCCGCUGCCGCCCGCCGCCGCCUCCGCAACGUCGUCCGUGCUUUUCGCUUCACUUCGAUGACUCGCAGCACUCCAGACAUUGCACAAUCGUCGUAG